GCUUUUAUCGUCUCUGGGUUCCUCAUUAGCUAUUACUGUGGCUCUCUAAUAAUUGCCCCGCUAUCCGAAACGUAUGGUCGUUCCAUUCUCUACAAGGUUUGCAGCAUAAUACUUGUCAUUUUCAACCUUGUAUGCGUGCUAGCUUCCAAUUCUGGCAGUCUCAUCAUUUUCCGUAUAUUCGCUGGC